CAGGACCUCCGUCUAGCGCCCCUGCCAUCCCCGCCGUCCAUUGCCGGCACCUCCGACCAACGUCAUCAGUUUCUCCAACUAGGACUAUCAAUCCGUCCUGCAGGUUCUCACUAUGCAAAGGGGCAGGUAUGGAAAUCUCACGGCUGCAGCAUUGGCUAAGUCACAAUACAUAAGUCCUGGACUGCUUCGUCAGCAACAUGCGAAGCGAACUUAUCCAAAUAUCAGUAGCGGUGCACCAAUCCACAACAGCAGUAAUGUAGGCACCAAUGGUGCUCAUACUUCAAUCAAGAAAGCUACUAGUUUCAAGAACCAUUUCCAAGUACCUGAGGAUAAUCCAGAACAUGGAGAUGAAUCAGAUGAUCUGUGUGAUAGGACAAUGAAUACACCGAAGUCCAAAGGUGCAUAUUUUGCAUAUGCUAGCUCUGAACCAGAAGAUGAAGACACAGAUUGGUCAGAAUGGAACAAGAAAGCAAAGAAGUUCUUAUCCAAGAACAAAGAUCUAGUUGAUCAAGAUAGGAUGCAUGCUGGAUGGAGCAAAGAUGAUGGAAGGUCUGUCGAUCAAGACGGAUUGUCUAAUAAUGAUAACAUGGAGACUGAAGAAGCACAAGAGGAUCAGCAUCUUGCAGAUAGAUUAAAUCGUGACAAAAAAGUUGAAAAGAAACAAGGUCGUGGAAAAAACAAAUGUAAGAAGGUUGCUAAACUAAAGGCAGGCGAGAAAAUUAAAGUGAGGUUCUAUAACAAGAGAGCUUUAUCUAAAACAUUCUCACGACAGUUGGGUAGAAUUGUGCGUGAUCUUAACAUCACUCCAAUAAGGGUCAAGAAAUGGACAGAUAUAAGUCCAGUAGCUCAGAAGCACAUUUUUUAUGCAAUUAAGGACAAGUUCGAAAAUGCAGACCAAAAUAUUGAACUUGAUGUCUACGAAAAUGAGAUCAUGGAGCAUGCUAGAGAUCUAUGGAACAAUUGGCGUGGAGACUUAAAUCGGCAUUUUGUUAAGCCAGCAAGGAAUAUGCAACAUGCUAUUAAGAAUUGUCCUCAAGAGAUUCCAAAAGCAGAUUGGGAGUGGCUUGUCAAAGAACAUUUCUACAGCAAGGAGUUCACAGAAAAAAGCAAGAGAAACUCCAAAAAUAGAUCUAGCUUAAAAACUCAUUAUCGCAGUGGCAGCAAACCUUUCAGACAGAUCAUCUGGGACAAUGGUGGCAACCAAAACAAGCCUCCAAGUUUGGACACAUUAUUUUCUAUCACUCGCACAAAGGGUGGAACUUUUGUGGAUUCUGAAACCUCCAGCAAGCUUGCACAGAUUCAGAAGGAAAGGUUGUUGAACCCUUCUCUUUCUAAUGUAGAACUUGUGGACAAGUGCUUCCCAUCCACAAGGCGUGACCAUGUUGUUGGUUAUGGUGGUGGAAUAAAAGCAAGAGACUUGAGAAGUCCAGCUAUUACCAAGGCUGAACUGGUAGAAAAACUAGCACAGUCUGAGCAAGAAAGACAAGCACUUCAGGAUGAUAAUCAAGUCCUUCAUGAAGAAAAUCGAAAAGUUAACAAUCGUAUGAGCCGAAUGGAAGAAGAAUGGGCACAAAUGAAGAAGUAUAUGAGUGCUAACUAUAGCCAACCUGAUUCACUGGGAUCAGCUUGCUGA